AUGUUGAAUAGAAAUGAAAGAUCUGCUUUCAGCCUGAAGAAUGGCAUAAAUUCUGUCCCCUGCUCGAACAAAGAUGAUGUUCCUACCAAAAAGAAAGAUGACGUUUAUUCUGAAGUCACUGAUGAGGUACCUCCUCGUUUGGCUGGCCUUCCAUCAGGUGACCUGAAACCGGAAACUUUUGUUUCGCAAUUAAAAGAAGAAAUAGGUGAUUCUGUGCUUUAUCAACCUUUUGUAAUCGUUGGUCGGUUGUUGGAAGAAGGACGUCACCCUUGUACGCAACAAAAGACGCCUUCCUCUUGUGCUAAGAGGAGAAAAUGGUCAUAUUUCCAAGCAGAGAAAGAGGAAAUUUUAUACAGUGAAGACUCAAAAAAAUCAAAAUAUGAUGUCCGACAAAAGAACAGUCUUGUUGAUUGUUUGGUUGCAGAUUUGGAUGAAAUUAAUGAAAUCCCAUUUUUCGAGAUUGACCUUGCCAGAGAAUUGGCACUGAAAAUUUUUCAAUUUCUUGACUACAAAGAUUUGUGCCAAUGUGCUCAGGUCAGUAAGUCUUGGAAAAAUCUUGCUGAAGACAAUUGGCUUUGGUACCGAGUCUACAAACAGCUUUCAAGAAAAAUGUCUUUGGUAUUUAUGUCAGAGCACACAAAUUGGAAAGAAUUUAUGAAGGAAGAAUUUGAAAAACGAAAUACACUGUUGAUAAACUGGAAGGGUCGUUUGGCUCAAAUGCGUUCACUUGAGUAUCUAAGGGGUGGUGUUCUGUGUGCUGCUGCCUGUCAACAUUCAACUGUUGUGGCUGGUUUCUCAAAUGGUCAAGUGAAAUUAUGGAAUCUGGACAAUGAAGAAGAAUGUAUUUUUAAGCCUUCAGACAUGGCAUUAGUUUUAGAUGAAUCUGCCGAGGAGGGCACAAUAGCCAAUGGCAUUACAGAUUUGUGCACAAGUGAUCACAUGACCCUGGCUGCAUUUACGCAUGGCUUCGUAGAUGUCUGGUUGCAUGAGGGUGAUCUUUCCCCUGUUCACACUUUCCACUGUGGCCAGAAAAUCGAUUUCAUGUUAUUAAAAGAAUUGAACCAAGAAUCUCUGGUUGUUCUUAGUUAUGGGCCUUUUGUUCAGUUGGAAGCAAUCUACAAAAAUACAGAAGACGAGCAGCCUCACUUCAUUGCUCGGCACAAACUAGACAUCAACAACAAAAUUUCUGCAGUGAAAGUGAUUCCAGAUUCUUCAGCUAGUCAAAUCUUGGAUUGUAAUCUGGUCAUCGCCACAAACUACACAGUUUCUGUGCACCAAAUAUGUCAGGGCCCCACUAACCUUUCGGAAAUCCACAAUACGUAUGGUUCACCAGUCAGCUGUGUAGAGAUUUCUGCCAAUAGCCAAAUGGCAGUUGGACUUAGCAGUUCUUCCGGUUUAUUUGAUGGUUAUCAGCUGAAGCUUUAUGACAUUUUCAGUGGCAAAUUGCUAAACAGCCUCCAUGGCCACACAUGGUACAUCACCUGCAUACACCAAGGUGGCACGUCAUCCCCUUUUUUGAUGUCCACAGGCUGUGCUGACCGAAAGGUACGUCUCUAUGAUUCUCGACAGACUCACCCUGUCGCCACAUUUGCAGGCCACAGCCAAAAAAUCUCAGCUUUACAAAUGGAUGAUUGGAAAAUAGUUUCUGGCUGUGAAGAUGGCAUCAUUAGUGUUUGGGAUCAGCGGAUGAUGUCCAGGCUUUGGGAGGUUCGCAGCCGACAUCCAGUUCGAUUAUGUUCCUAUGAUGACCGACGAUUGAUUAUUGGAAAUAUUCCCGAGGACAAAUUUGCCCAACUCGAUGAAUUUGAUUAUUUUGCUGACCGUAACGAUCGUGGCACAUUGCACGUGUAUGACUUUUUGUGCGACCAGAGCCAUCGAGAUCACUUACUCGACAUUUGUCAGUCGGGCUAUGAUCAGAGACAAAGUUCUCAUUUCUUUGGUGACCAAGCUCCCUUUUUUUUUUCUUCUUAUUUUCUUCCUGUCCAAAUGGAAAGUUUGUCUUUCUUUUACUAUGUGGCCAAAGAAGGGGAAAACUUCCUUAAAACAUGUGGUAAUACAACUUCUUGUAACAUAUUUGCUUCUUCUUCUUCACUGUAA